GCGGAUAGUGGGAAUAGGUGAGCCCUGAGUGCUGGCGAGCUUCAGAGAGUCACAGGUGAAAGGCAGGAGCUCAGCACUGUCUGGGAAGCGGGAGGUGAAACCGGACACUGAGAAGGGGAGGGAGAGAGACUGGUUGGCUUCAAGGAUUGUUGAUUCACACAGAAGACACAUACACACUCUCUCUCUCAGUACGGGAUCCACACAACUCUGGCAUUCCCACCUGGAAUUACAGGCACACAUCUGUGGGGCAGUGUCCCGGUGAAUUACAGUGAAGUGAGGAAGGAUCUGGCUUGGGUAAAUGGAGUCAAAAACUGGAGGGAUGUUUUGCAGUAUUCUGAUGUUAUUAAUCAUUUCUGGCCUUUCAUGCGCUGAAGAGACCCUGGAACGUGGUAGGACUCCUGGUGCAGUUCCAUCUCCGGGGAAAGGACACCGCGGCGACGUGGGCCGACCACGCAAGGUGAAGGAAAAGGAAGACAUCUUGGAUUCCAACCAAGCGCUGAUUGUCACGGAGCGCCGCAACGUGCGCCGGGAUUGGUGCAAAUCCCACCCGCUCAUCCAGACGCUGAAGGAGGAGGGCUGCAUCAGUCGCACAGUGAUCAACCGAUUCUGCUACGGCCAGUGUAACUCGUUCUACAUCCCCAGCCAUGAACAUGGCGGUGAGCCCUUCCGCUCAUGCUCCUUCUGCAAGCCCAAGAAGUUCAACAGUGUCACCGUCACCUUCAACUGCCCCAGCCUCCGGCCUUCAUCAAAGCGCAGGAGGAUUCAAUUGGUGAAGGAUUGUCGUUGUAUCUCCAUAGACUUGGAUUAG